CAGAGAUUGAAGUUCACACGUAUAAACUAAUAUAUACGUACACACACCUCUAUGGUAGUAGGAUAGACAUAUUGUAGACAACAUUCGAAAUGCAAUUUGCUUCAGAGAAAAAAAAAUAGAUGUAAGCUUGUGUGUGACUUGGUGUUCGUGUGAUGGUUUGAAAAAUGUAGAACAUACAACAAACAUUAACAAAACUGGCAGGUGAUAGACAAAACAAAUAAAAGAAUUUCUCAACCAAAAAUUAGUUUAAUUCUACAAUUCACUGUCACGGAACCGUAUUUUUUGGUAUUACUUUCUCUAACACCUCAGUAGAAUGCUGAAGUUAAACCUGGAGUAUACAUUGUGAUAGUAAAGUAACAUAACUACUUCAAACACUAUACCCACAAACAUAUAAGACACAUUUAAAUCUAAUGUAAUUCACUUUAGUCUGAAUUAAAUGUUCAACAAUGAGAUCACUAUUCCAGUUGCUAUUUAUCAUUGAAUUUAUAUAUUCAAUAAAUAGUGUUUUAAGUGAAGAACGCUAUGAAUUUAAUCGAAAUUUCGAUAACCGCUUACCACAAUUUGGCAAGAAAACAUUGACAAAACAAAAUACCAUCCGUCAUCGACCAGUAAAACAAAAUAAUUAUAAUUCUGAACGAUUAAAGAGAAAUUUCUUACUUGAUAUAAAUUCACACAGUUCAUCCUGUCGAUCUGGUUCACAAUCAUUUCAGUGUGCUCCACCCUUCAAAGAUAUCUCACGUGGAGUAAGUGUUCAUGCUACUUCCACAUGUGGUGAACAAAGACCACAACGUUUAUGUCGAACUAUUGCAAGCUGUCAAAUAUGUGAUGCUAAUUCAACUCAGCUGAAGUUUUCAUCAGACCAUUUAACUGAUCGUCAUAGCAUUGAUAAUCAAACGUGUUGGGCUUCAGGUUAUAUUCAACCCGGUGAAACAGUCAACCUCACAAUAUCUUUGGGAAAACGUUUUGAAGUAUACUAUAUAUCUUUGCAACCAUGCAGCAUAGGCAGUUUACCACAUUCAAUUGCAAUAUAUAAGUCUUCUGACUUCGGUCGUACAUGGCGUCCAUGGCAUUAUUUUUCAACAGACUGUUUUCGUGCUUUUGGUUUGCCUACUUCAAAUGAACAUAACAGUCAUAUCACGUCGGCUAAUUUACAGGAAGUAUUAUGUGUCGCAUUACAACCACGUGAGACUUACUACAGCCGACAAGGUAGAAGAGUACGUUCAAUGACUAACUAUGUUUUUAAUAAACCAAAUAUUACGAAUAGUUUUGAAAGUAUAGGAGUGCCAGCAGACUGGGUGAUUGCAUUCAGUACCACACUUGGUCGACCUGCAACACGUCCAUGGAGUCCAGCACUAAUUGACUGGAUGACUAUGACCGAUGUGCGCAUCAGUUUAAUGAGUUUUCAUCAAUUUAACGAAGCAGAUUAUCGUGUCAAAAGAAAUGCACAUCGAAAUCACUAUCCUAGAAAUUUACACAGACCAGUAUUUCAUCUGAAUCAAAUCAAACGAACUCGCAGUUCAAGAGAUGGUCAAACAAAUACUGAGCUACCACCAACGGAGAAUAACAAAACAGAAGAAUUACUUGAUCGGAAUUAUUUGCCAGUCACCUCAAAAACAACAAGUAAUUUCACUGAUCAACCAGAUACCUUAUCUGAAAAUGAGUUUUAUGCAUUCGCUGAUAUAGCUAUCGGUGGACGUUGCAAAUGCAACGGGCAUGCCAGUGAAUGUAUUUUGGGCUCUAAUGGAAAACUGGUAUGUGCUUGCGAACAUCAUACAUCAGGAGAAGAUUGUGAAUAUUGCAAAGCUGGCUAUAUGGAUCGACCAUGGGACAGAGCUACACCACAGGAAGCAAACGUUUGCAAAAAAUGUGACUGCAAUCUUCAUUCGAAUGAAUGCCGAUUUUCAAAUGCACUUUAUUUGUUAUCUAAUCGUGUAAGUGGUGGUGUCUGCGAAAAUUGUCAGCAUAACACAAUCGGUCGCAACUGUCAUCAAUGUGCUGAAGGUUAUUAUCGGGACUGGACAAAACCAACAAGCCAUGAACAUGUCUGUCUACCAUGUCGUUGUCAUCCAAUCGGAUCUAUAGUUCGUCAUGACUGCGACAGAAGAAGUGGACAAUGCCGAUGCAAACAAGGUGUGGCUGGAUUGACAUGUGAUCGUUGUCAAGAUGGUUAUCACCAAACACGUUCACCACUUAACCCGUGUACAAAAGAUUUCGCCUCACGAGCAGUAGCCUUAGCACACACACCAGGGGAUAUAAACUGCCCAUCGUGUAGUACAAAUAAAGAGAGAAUUAAACUGAAGAAAUUCUGUCGUAAAGAUGCAGUUUUUGAAGCUUCUUUCAAAUCACGCGAACUCCACGGAAACAUGGCUCGCUUCGAAAUGCAAAUAACACAAAUAUGGCGAAUCAAUAAACAAUCUCUAAAAGGAAGUUCAGCUAUCUACUGGCCUGCUUCAAAAAAUUUCAUCGAUUCUGAACACAACAAUCAAGAUGAACAUGAAGAAGCAAUGCACAGGAAGUUAAAUGAAUUUGUUCCUGUAUGGGUUCGAUUAAAUGAUUUAAGGUGCAAAUGCCCUUAUAUUGAAUUGGGUACUUCAUAUUUGAUAGUGACUGACUUUGAGAGCUUUACCAAUAAAGUGAAGAACGAACUGUUGUUUUCCUCCAAAACUGCUGUUUUACCCUGGCGCACAAGUUGGAGACGUAGACUUAUUCGAUUUCGUCGAAGAGAGAAUCGUGGGGCUUGUGAAAAGUUUCGUGAACCUACUAAACUUCUCAGUGUAUAUCGUCCUAAACAGUCCCUAGAAAUACCGACAACUCAUAAUGAAUGGUAUACAACUAGUGCUUCUCGAUAUUCCUCACCUAAUUAUAAAAGUCCGACGUAUUCUUUGUCACUAAGACCCUACUCAAGUCCUAGACAUUAUUAUGGGAUAUCUUGAAAACCUUUACAAUACAUUUAUUCGUUUGAUUGUUCAAUUUGUGUACAAAAACAUUUUUAAUUCAUAAAAACGAAUAUCCUAUUAUUAUUACUCCACAUUAAUGUCGAUGUCAAACUUCUGUAUAAAUUUCAAAAGGCCUCUCUAAACGACUAGCCAUUCUAACUUCUGCAUGAAACUCAAUGUUGAGUAGUAAGUGGAAUCUGCUUCACCAUCUCCUAAAGCAUGCAUACUUAUAGUUGGAAUUUUACAACCCUUUAAACUGAUAUAAUAACGAAUGCUACAUGCGCACAAUUUACUCAAAUGCAUGUAUGCAUUAGAGAAGAACAACUACUUGUCAUUACAAUUUACACAGAUUCUUCUAUCUUUGUUCUUUUAUAACGUUAAUAGUUUUUUUCAUCAUAUUUCAUUACGUCAUUUAAGGAAUCUGUAGAAUGAACUUUCUUUUCUCUUUUGUAAGUGGUUUAUAUUCAGUAAAGUAAAUUAAAUCUGUUAUUGUCUGUCAUCAGAUCAUUCAUGUAUUAUGAAUAUUACUAUUAUUAUUCCCAUUAUCACUACUAAUCCCACUGUUAAAUAUGUUUACAUUUAAUUAUUAAAAGAAAAAAUUAACGAAAUCUUAG